CAUGCACAUUUAUUUUUCACAAAAAUGUCCUCAUUGCAACCAUGAUUGAUAAUAUUAUUAUUUAAGAGGGAGCAGAGAGGUAAAGCUGAAGGCAAAGCAUACGCUUAUUUUUAGAGGAGCGUACUGCAUUCGUUCGUGCGGCAACUUUUAAAAAAAUGGAAAAUUCACUGAUUGUACUAAUAUCAGCAGCAGCAGCAGUAGCAGCAGCAACAGCAACCGUGUCGAUCUUGUCCAUAAUAUUCCUCUACAGAAACAACACGACCAACUCCAACUUUCUGAGCUUUUUUACUGCUUCUGCUAAUACUUCACUCAUCGGAUCAAAACACAGAAGAACCCAACUUCCUUUGGGAACUCUUGGGCUUCCUUUUCUUGGUGAAACCAUUGAGUUUGUGACUUGUGCUUACUCCGACUGCCCUGAGAGCUUCAUGGACAAGCGCCGCCACUUGUAUGGGAAGGUGUUCAGGUCACACAUAUUUGGAAGUCCAACAAUUGUAUCAACAGAUGCAGAAGUGAGUAAAAUUGUUCUGCAGAGUGAUGCAAAAUCUUUUGUGCCAUCUUACCCAAAAUCUCUCACUGAAUUGAUGGGGAAGUCCUCUAUUUUGCUCAUCAACGGAGCCCUGCAGAGAAGAAUCCAUGGACUCAUUGGAGCCUUUUUAAAGUCCCCACACCUCAAAGCUCAAAUCACCACAGACAUGCAAAACUAUGUCCAACAAUCCAUGGCAAAUUGGACAGACGACCAUCCCAUUUACAUACAAGAUGAAACCAAACAUAUUGCUUUCCAAGUACUUGUCAAGGCAUUGAUUAGUUUGGAUCCUGGUGAGGACAUGGAGUUCCUAAAGAAACAGUUCCAAGAAUUCAUUGCAGGCCUCAUGUCUAUACCCAUAAACAUUCCUGGAAGUAGACUUUACAGAUCAUUACAGGCAAAGAAGAAAAUGGUCAAGCUAGUACAGGAAAUCAUACAAGCUAAAAAAAAAGAGAGUGAUAUAAUCUCCAACAAGGUUCCCAAAGAUGUGGUAGAUGUUCUGCUGAGAGACACAAGUGAGCAGUUAACAGGAGAUCUGAUAGCAGAUAACAUGAUUGAUAUGAUGAUACCAGGGGAGGAUUCAGUGCCACUUCUCAUGACUCUUGCAAUCAAAUACCUCUCAGACUCCCCCACUGCUCUCCAACAAUUAACUGAGGAGAACAUGAAGUUAAAAGCACUGAAAGAUGAGCUUGGAGAGCCACCGUGUUGGAGUGAUUACUUGUCCUUACCAUUUACACAAAAUGUGAUCACAGAAACCCUAAGGAUGGGAAACAUCAUAACUGGGGUGAUGAGGAAGGCCAUGAAAGAUGUGGAGAUAAAAGGGUAUUUAAUACCAAAGGGAUGGUGUGUCUUCACAUAUUUCAGAUCAGUUCAUCUUGAUCAGAAUAACUAUGAUUGGCCUUAUCACUUCAAUCCAUGGAGGUGGCAAGACAAAGAUAUGAGCAGCUGCAACUUCACUCCUUUUGGAGGAGGACAAAGGCUGUGUCCUGGACUUGACUUAGCAAGGCUUGAAGCCUCCAUUUUCUUACACCACUUUGUCACUCAAUUCAGGUGGGCGGCCGAGGAGGACACAGUUGUGAACUUCCCCACUGUAAGAAUGAAGCGGAGGAUGCCGAUAAGGGUCAAAAGGAGAGUUGGUGGGACCCACUAGACUUACAAUUUUGUACACAAGCAAUGAUACAAAACAGCCAGACAUGAAAAGACGAGGAAAAGAAAACGAGUGUGUCGGGUUGGAGAAAUUUUUGUAAAUGACCGUCACACCAAGUGAUAUACUCCGUGUUUUUAUAUAAAUAAUAGGAUAUGUGGGUUAAAAGGUUAAUAACUUAAAAAUUAAAAUUUUACACCAUUUACAUAAAAACACAUGGUGUACUAUUCAUAUUCUCGUCACAAUUAAAAAUUUCUCGUUGGGUUAGGUCUCCUGUUGCACACGUGUGGUUCGAGUCGGCAAAUAUCACAAAGCUCACUCUUUUUGUCCUGUUUGAUAGCCUUUAUUUGCACAUAUAGACAGAAGACAACACAAAUAUAUAGUCU